ACAGGAGGGAGGUCAUUUGAUUAUAUGGAGAAAUAUGCUGAUGAACCUUUUGGUGAGGAGUUGAAGGACAACUCCCGUGUGUUCAAGGUUUAUCUAGAUGAGGCUGAGAUUUUUGAUGAUGAUAUGAUCAGAGGAUUCAGAGAAACAAUUGAUUCUUUGCUAGUAUUUGCAGCACUUUUCUCUGGUGUUGUAACAUCCUUUGUGAUUGCAACUAUAUCUGCCCUUCAACCUGAUUAUUCCCAAAUCACUGCAGUCCUGUUGGUAGAGCAGGUUCAAAUCCUCAGAGCUGCAGGAAAUGCCACUGCAAUCAAUGCCAUUCCUAAAUCCACUGUGGAUCUGCAAAAUGUUUCAGUGGCUACUGAGGAUCUUUGGAUUAAUGGUUUAUUCCUUGCAAGCUUGUCACUAGCCUUGGCCACUGCACUCUUGUCAGUCCUUGUCAAACAGUGGCUUCAAGCUUAUAGCUCCAUAUUAGCUGGAUGUGCAAAACAAAAAGCCUUGAUCCGUCAAUUCAGAUAUGCUGGAUUUGAAAAAUGGAAGGUCCCAGAAAUUGUUGGGAUUCUUCCCCUCAUCCUGCAUACAUCUUUAGCUCUAUUCCUCAUAGGAUUGUCAUUGUACAUUUCAGAGCUCCACAGUUCAC